AUGUAUAGACUAUUUAAUAUAAUAUUUGGUUUAUUUUUUAUACAUUUGUGUGUAUAUAAAAAUAAUAUUGUAAUAAAUGAAAUUAUUAAUGAGAGAAACAAUAAUUUAAGGAGUAGUAUAACAAAUAAUGGAAAUAAGAAUAUUCAAUAUGAUUUACAAAAUAUUAAUAUAAAUUAUAAAGAUAGUAAUGAUGAAAAAAAUGAAAACAUAACAGAGAAAGAAAUCGAUGUAGAUUCUGUUGAAGAACAUGGUAUAGAAAAGACACUAUUUGUAAAGAAUUUCAAAGAAGAUUCGGAAAUUCCUUUAGAAGGUGAUGAUAUACAAGGAACCUAUGUAUUUGGCCCUCAAUCAAGAAGGGAUAAUUUUCUUUAUGGAAGUAACAAAUUAUUUCCACCAAUAAAAAAAUUAAGUGGAGAAGAAGGUGAUUCAUUUAGUACAAUAAAUCAACAUAAAAGAGUUUCACCUGUAAAUCGUGGACAUACAAAAUCUCCACAAAUAUCUGGUCGCAGUGAUUUUAAAGGAUAUGCUGGUGAAAGUGGAGAAAAUAGAUAUAUUGGUGUAUCUGGACCAAAUAUAGAAACUAUAGCAAAAGAAAAGGUUACAUCAGAUACAACGACAAGUGCUCAAUCAAAUCCAAAACUUGAUUCUGAAAAAAAUAGUCCUAAAACUUCUCUGUAUGAUAAUAUGCUUGGCUGGGAAUUUGGAGGUGGUGCUCCUAAAAAUGGAGCUGCAGAAGAUAAAAAGACAAAUCCCUUACUAGAACAAAUAAAAAUUCCAUCAUGGGACAGAGAUAAUAUACCCGAUGAGAAUGAACAAGUAAAAGAAGACCCCCAAGUAGAAAACAUAUAUGAAGAGGAAGAAACAGAAGAUUUGGAAACAGAAGAUGAUGAAAAUGAAGAAAUAGAAG